GCCGCCGCUCAGUAGUCACUAGUGAGUCGGGAGAGAUUCGGUCGGAAGCUGAAGGGUCGGUCUGUGGUCUCCAGUUCGCGAUGAGCUUCUGUGUGUUUGUCGCUCUGCUCUUCGGGGCUCUUUGCGUCUGUUCGCGCGUUCAGGCCCAUAUAGAUAUAAAUGUUGUUGCCUGUCAGACCGGUGACGUUGACCCUGAGGAUGAACUAGAGCUGGAUGGAGAUGAGAUGUUGCACUUGGAUUUUAAAACAAAAGAACUGGUGUUCACAAUGCCUGAGUUUGCCGGAAGGUGGAGGGCUGAAGGUUGGGCUCAGCAGGCACUGGCGAACCAGCAGGUUUGUAAGAACAACCUGGAUUUGAAUGCUCAAGCUGAACAGUACCCACCUGAAGAGAUCGAUCUUCCUCAAGUCACAGUCUAUCCCAGAGAUGAAGUUUCAGUGGGAGGAAGCAACACAUUGAUCUGCUUUGUGAACAACUUCUUCCCACCACCUGUGAAAGUGAAGUGGACUAAGAAUGAGGUGGAGGUGACAGAGGGGGUCACUCUGAGUCGCUACUACCCCAACAAGGAUUUCACCUUCACACAGUACUCCACUCUUCCCAUCAUCCCACAGGACGGGGAUGUUUACUCCUGCACUGUAGAGCAUAAGGGGCUUUCUGAACCUGAAACCAGGCUCUGGGAGGUUGAAAUUCAGGAAGCAUCAAACAUUGGAAAGACAGUUUAUUGUGGAGUUGGACUGACCCUUGGUUUGUUGGGAGUCGGAGUUGGAACCUUCUUUCUCAUAAAGGGGAACAACUGCAAUUGAAAAAGUUUUCCAUGAAGAUUGCAGAACAAGAACUGCAAAGGGGGUGCUGUAACAAUAUCUUUGAGUUGUCAUUUAUUUUUAUUUUAAAGACACAAUACAUUUUAAGAAUUUUCAUUUUCAUAACAGCUAUUAGGAUAUCAUGAAUAACAAGUAAUCUAAAAACCAAACCUGAAAGAUUGUGUUAUAAAUAUAAAGAAUGUUUCAACAAAAUCAUGUGUGAACUUGAAUAUAUUCAUAAUAAUCUGAUGAUUUUGCAUUAACUUCAGUAAUGUAUUCUUUAUAAAAAUGUCAGCUUAAUUCUUGACUGUAAUUAAAUGGUUAUCAAGUGGUAUUUCUUAUUUUCAUUUUUAGGUGUACUGGUAGGCGUACCAUGUUCAGGAAUCGAAUUAUAAUUACCACAGCUACAUGGCAAGUUGUAGAGUUUGCCACUAAUAUGCAUAAUAUGUCGGUAUAAAUCAGGUAACUGAAUCUUUUGGUAAUUUUUAUGAACACCAGUAGAAAAAGAACAUUCACAUGUGGACAGUUGCUUCCCAGCUUAAGAACCCUUGAGUGACAGACUUCUGAGUGACAAACUUUUUGCUGAUACAAACUUUUUAAAGAAGUAUUUAUUCUACUGCACCAUUUCAAAUUACUUGCCAAAAGCAUCACUCAAUGCACGUAUCUACACUUCUGAGCCUGUCAGUGGUGUGUUGCCUCUCCAAAAAGAGAAUUUACCUCUGGUUCUGUUCUGUUCCCAUCAGAAAAACCCUGCUUUUGCCUAUACCCUUCAGAGCUGUCUGGGUUGCUGAUAUUUAUUCCUUUAGCAGGUGCUUUUCUCCAAAAUGGUGAGAGUUUCAAUUCAGUGUAAACAACACUGCAUUUCUCCAAAAGACAAAGGUAUGGAUAGACAUGCAGUUCUCUGAAUACAGUCACAUAGUCCAGUGUGACCAUUUUUGCUACCAUAUGUUACACUAUUAGUUGUCUAUAGAACUGAAGUGACCUGCUCUGUGUCACUUGUCACACGUCACCAACUAUCUUUUAAGUUUUUAUGUCAGGACUAACUGUAUUGUCAAAUGUUGAGCAUAUUGGAUACUAACAUUGCAAGUAGAUACCCUAGAUAACUGUCUAUCAAAAAAGAGAGUACAAGAGAAAUCAGAGAUCUAACAAUGUCUGAAGUACUUUUUCCAUGUUUUAUGUUCCAGGCUCCUGGCAGUUAUUCUAGCAAAUAUACAGAAUCUAUAACUCUUUAUGUUUGUCUUCUGUGCAAAAGACAAGAAAACAUUUUUUGAAGAUAUUUGAUUUUGGGCAAAUACACAGUGGUUAUUCUUGUACUUUUGGCUUUGCCUUAGAACCUAAUAAAGAUCCUAAAUAAGUACAGGCUGUCCCCAGGUUACGAACAUCCGAUUUAAGUACAACCCGUAUUUACAAACCACCCCUUUACUGACCGGAACUAAAAAAAAAAAUGUCACCCUUAAGUAACAAUCAAAUGAAAACUUCAUAAUUAAGCCUGUUAAAAAUUCAAAUUACAUACAAUAGUUCUAAUAACUGGUGGUACUUUGCGACGCUCAUCAAAACAUUGUGCAUGUAGCACUUCGUCGGCUCGUGGGUGAGCCGCGUGAGCCCAAGGUUGAAGGUAGGAGAAAGACUUCCUUCUUUUCAGUUGAGCCAUGUUGCUGUUAAGUGUCUUGUGUGUGUUACUGUCUUUGGCUUUCAUUUUUUUGCUUUUACCGUCCUAAUCAUGGCACUAAAGUGUAAAUAUGAUGCAAGUGAUGGUGAUGCAUCCAAGAAAAGGAAAACGAUCAUGAUUGAAA